AUGGCCGAAAGACGAGCAUACACCGUGGGCUGGAUCUGCGCCACGUUCGUAGAGUGUCUUGCUGCGAGGAUCUUGCUCGAUAGGGAGUUUGAAGGCACCGAAGACAUCUCGGCCUCCGACAGCAACAGCUACAUCUUUGGACAAAUCGGGCAGCACAAUGUUGUCAUCGCCACAAGCUCAGCUUCCACGGAUCGCGAUUCUUCAAGCUCGAUACGAAUGGGCCUCUUGGUUGGCAUUGGCGGCGGAGUACCGAGCUCAACGCACGACAUACGCCUCGGCGACGUUGUCACCGGGAAAGCCAGAAAAGGCAGUCCUGGGCUGAUCCAGUAUGACUUUGGAAAGCUCACGCAGACGCGGCUCAAGAAGGUGGGGAUGAUGAACCAGGCCCCUUCGGUCUUGUUGAAUGCAGAAGCUCCAAACCCAAGCCGGCACGAUGUUCUAGGGCAUACUCCGCUUCACCUUGCUGCGUACUGCGGGCUCAGCGAAGAACUGAACGCCUUACUCUCUGACGAUAAGCUCUCCCUGAACGAAACGAACAAAUACGGUCGGACGUCCCUAUGGUACGCUUCGGCACAAGGACACAGCCUAACAAUAGAAGCAAUCCUGUCCUUCAACCCCUCGAUUGACUUACCCACCACCGCCAACGAGACGCCUCUCACCGUGGCAACCGCCGGGGGCCACCAGGAAGUUGUGGACAAGCUGCUCCGGGCGAAGGCGUAUUUGAACUGGCAAGAAAAAGGAGGGAGAACAGCUCUGCAUCAAGCUGCAAGAAAUGGCCCCCAAGGCGUCAUUACACUUCUCCUCGACAAGAGGGCUAACAUUGACGCAGUUGAUAUUACCGGGUCCACGCCGCUCCCUGAAGCAACCCGGGGAGGCCACCAUGCCGCGCAGGAGACUGUGGCCGGUCGCGGCGCCAACAUAAACAUGGAGGACAGUGCGGGUCAGACGCCCACGACGCUAGCAUGGUCUUCGAAGCAACGGAAGUGGUCUGGUUAUGUGGUGGACGAGCACCUAGUCAUUCAGCAGGGCACACAGGCUACUUGUGAGGUGUUGAGAUGCACCACCGGAGCCGACCCGGGAGAGCUCGUGUUGCGCAAAACCUUCAACUGGAGCACUUCAAGGGGCAACCAAGUGGACAAAGUGAGGCGUUAUCUUCUCAAUGAGCACAGAAUCUUUCAGAAACUUAUCCCCCCGUUCAUCGUGGCCUAUCUUGGCUAUGAAGAGCGGAUAUCACGAUUAGAGGCGGCUCUUGACGACGAGCAAGAGGGCGGGCCCGACUGCGUUCCCUUAGCACUUGGUGAGGACCAAGUAUGGUCCAUCAUCUUUCAAGUCGCCGCUGCGAUCGCAUACCUCCAUCACGGCCUGGCCAUCAAACGCGGGAAGUUCGAGUUGGAGAAAUACUGGGAACCAGUCAUCCACCGGGACAUUAAACCGGCGAAUAAUCCGAAAGGGCAGCUGAUCGUCAAGCUUUGCGACCUGGGCCUAGCCAAGGCCAUUUUGAGUGGACAGAGGAACACUCGGAAGAUAGGAACGCCAGACCUUUCGCUGCCAGAGGUGAAUGGAGGCCGAGGUUGGUCCAUGAAAGGAGACAUUUAUUUGUUUGACGUCACGAUUGACGAAUUAUACAAGCACACGGAGCCACAAGCUGAACUACUUGACCUACUUGACCGAUCGCUCGCGUAUUCCUGGCGCGACUCCUUCAACAUGGAGCCCCUUACUGAACGAUCCUGGGUUGUCCAAGAACGCCUACUAGCACGGAGGACGAUUUACUUCGGGACGCAGCAGAUUUACUGGGAGUGCCACCGCCUGGCAGCCACUGAGACAUUCCCGGAAACACGCAUCAACCCGAAAAAGCGGCCAGCCCGGGAGAAAUGGAUGUAUCCACCUCAAGUCCCCGAGCACUGGCCCACCGCCUCGUGGAAGUUAUUGUUCUGCGUCCAACCCCUUAUGGUGCCACGGACCCAUUACGGGGUGGAAUACAACCCAUACACCUCGCUCUACGACAAUUGGCAUACUAUUGUGGAAACUUAUGCACCGAAGAAGCUGACGUACCCAAGCGACAAGCUCGUCGCAAUCUCAGGGCUCGCUAAGGAGAUUCGUGCAAGGCUGUGCAAGGUGAUCCCACGCCCUCAUCGUUAUUUGGCUGGUCACUGGGACUAUAACUUUAUGGAGUCGCUAUCGUGGCUCGCCGAUGAGGGGCCUACCAGACCGGCUGUCUACAGGGCGCCGUCCUGA